GGCGCCGCGACGUCAGGCCCAGAGCUGGUCCGUCCGUCGUCCGGCCGACUCGAGGCACCAGAGCUGCGGAUUUCGCGCGAGAUAUACAACCAUAAACACACAUAUACACAGGUUCGCGCACGUACGUAGCCACGCACGCACGCACGACAAACUCACGCACGCACGCACGCACGCACUCACUCACUCACUCACGCACUCACGCACUCACGCACUCACGCAAUCACGCACGGACGCACGGACGCACGGACGCACGCACGGACGCACGCACGCAGCCAAGCAACUACGUAGCCAAGCAGGAACGAACGUGUAAGCACGCACGCGGUGUCCCGCGUGGACAGACGGACAGAGUAUCUCGCUCUCUCGGUGGUACACGUGCGCACACCGGUCUGUGUCGUAGCUGAUCCACGGGUAGAAAAAAAAAAAAAAAAGAGUCGAGUGUGUGAGAAAAUAGGAAACACGUUACUACGACGUAUCGUCAGUGGAAGAGUAAAAGGGAGUUGGUCGCGCGCGCCACGUGCCGUCUCGAGAAACUCGACGAGUGCCGCGACAGCUUUCCGGGAUGGCUCGAGUGUGUUAUUACUGGCCGAGUUGAAACGUCGCCGGUUCUUUCCGCAUGGGAUCGUUCAGGAAGUGGAUUAGCGCGCGAGGGGAGGUGUGGCUCCCUGACAGUGUCGAUGGUGAAGUACAGCAGUGAUUCGAUUAACCUGCGACCGGAAUCGUCGAGUGCGGAAUCGACGCGGUCCUCGCCGCGGCGUGGACCGAUCGCGUGUCGGCCCGUCUCAGCGAGACAUUAGUCCCGAUUCGUUCCCCGACAAACUGGAUCACCGCGGUCGCCAACAAUCCCAAAGCAAUCAACAGGCUAGAAGGAAUGUCACGGAGAAAGCAAGCUCGACCAAGCCGUGCCCACCUCGAGGAGGAUCUUGUCCAGGGCCCUCUGCUGAUCAAUGCCGUACGAAACGUGAACCAGACCCGUGAAGAAAAUGAGUUUACGUCGGAUGGCGAGGAGAGUGGCGGUGGAGGAGUCGGCGGAGACGAAGCGGUGGACCUCACGGCAGCCAGGUGCCAUCAGGGCGAGGAGGACGACAAGGAUCAGGAAGACGCUUUGGAGGAGGAUGAAGAGGAAGGCGUGGACGAACAGGACGAGCAAGAGGACGACGAGGAAGGAUCGCGCAAGCAGAUGCAUCACAGGCAGGAUGCGGAGAACAACAACAAUUUCGUAGAAGGUGGCGCCGCUGGCAGCCUGUUCCCGCCCGCUGGAACUAGUCACGUCACCCUGGAAGCACUGCAGAACACGAAAGUGGCGGUGGCUCAGUUCGCGGCGACGGCGUUGGCCGGAGGCGCGGACAGCGAGGCCGCUCUGCAGGACUUGGCGUUGCUUCAAAGCACCCUGUACACUUUGCAACAUCAGCAAGUGUUUCAACUGCAGCUGAUCAGCCAACUGCAGCAGCAACUGUCCAUCACGCACAAUCAGUCGGUGCAACAGCAAGGCCCGGGCGAGCCGUCGGAUAGCAAGGAGAUAUCUCCGUCGCCGAUCAUCCAGCCUAAACCUUUGUCGAGCCUAACGUCGCCUCCGUCGUCGCGUCCACCGAGUCAUCGGCAAACCUCGCCGGCUCCCGUGACGCCGAACCUGGCUCAGGAAAGACCCACGCCGACCAGCAGCGCGUCCCCGUUGAAUAUCCCAUUGGCCUCGUCGAACGCGACCGGCACGACCUCGACUACCAGUACCAGUAGCCAGAUGCCGAUGUCUCAUCAGAUACCGCCUCUCUGUUCGAUCAGUUCUUCCCUAGCUUCGUCCAUCAUAACCAACACCGAUCCGCCACCGUUGCACGAGCCCAACACUCUGGAGAUGCUGCAGAAGAGAGCGCAGGAGGUGCUGGACAACGCGAGCCAGGGACUUCUGGCGAAUAACCUGGCCGACGAGCUGGCGUUCAGGGGUGGAAAAGGCUCCCGUCUCUCCCCGUACGAUUCAAAGUCCGGUAGCGGUCGCGGCGAGCCAUUCUUCAAGCACCGAUGCCGUUAUUGCGGCAAGGUGUUCGGCAGCGACUCGGCGCUUCAGAUCCACAUACGAUCGCACACAGGUGAGCGACCCUUUAAAUGCAACGUCUGCGGCAGCCGCUUCACCACGAAAGGGAACCUGAAGGUCCACUUCCAGAGGCAUACGGCCAAGUUUCCACAUGUUAAGAUGAACCCGAAUCCCGUUCCGGAACACCUGGACAAGUACCACCCACCCUUGCUACAACAAAUCGCCUCCGGUCAGAGACCGAUGCCGUCACCGCCGCCGCCACCACCUUCUCACCAUCCCUCUUUUCAUCCGGCGGCAGCGCACGGUUUCUUACCUCCUCAGCCGCCCUUGCCGCUCAGUUUAGCCCUUCCCGGUAUGCCACCCUUGUACAGAUCGCCGGUUGUCGCUCAUCGGGACGAUCAGGACGUGCCGGAGAACCUGAGCAAGCCCGUUACCACUGCCCCGACCACCUCGCCACAUUCCCCCGCGGUUGUGUCCAAUUCUCGUCAUUCCUUUCACGACAAUCACCAUCACCACCAUCACCACCACAACCAACAACAACAACAACAACAACAACAACAACAACAUCAAAAGCAGCAGCUCGAGCAGAGGGACGAGAUGAAGCUGGAGCAGCGAUCGCCUAUGCAGGAACAAUACCAGCGACAGCAACGAUCUAUGAGCCAGGAACCGACCGAGAGGAUAACGCCGAAGAAAGAGCCGGAGGAGGCCGAGGAGCCCACGGAGGAGGAGAGCGAGGAUUUCGAGGAGACGACCAGACGGUAUUUAAAUUCACCCCAAUCCUCCGUCAAUCCACCCUCUCAACCGCAGACCUACGAAGACUGUAGCAUGGACAGUAAGAUGAGCGGUCGAUUGGAGGGAGACGGCGACAUGGAAGUCGACGAGGAGAUCGAGGAGCAACCGGAGAAUUUGUCCGGUCGUGGAACCAUCAAUCGUUUGCCGCAACACGUUGUCGCGUACCCCGGCGCCUCCCCUGCGAGUAGUAGCGCGAGCAGUGGAAGCCUUCAAACAUCGUUCGCGGGAAUUCUGUUCCCAGGGCCACCGGCGCACCAUCAAAUACCCCAUCACGCCGCACCACCAGCCGUAAACGCGUCCACCGCCGUCUCUACCAACGAGAUGAUCGAUCCGGCCAAGGAUCCGGCUAUCUAUUCCAGUCUGUUGCCACGGCCGGGCAGCAACGACAACUCCUGGGAAAGUUUGAUCGAGAUAACCAAGACCUCGGAAACGUCCAAAUUGCAGCAGUUGGUCGACAACAUCGAGCACAAGCUGACCGAUCCUAACCAGUGCGUUAUCUGCCACCGUGUGCUGUCCUGCAAGAGCGCACUGCAGAUGCAUUACAGGACUCACACGGGCGAGCGUCCGUUCAAGUGCAAGAUCUGCGGCCGAGCGUUUACCACCAAGGGUAACUUAAAGACUCACAUGGGCGUCCACAGGGCGAAACCGCCGCUCAGAAUGUUGCAUCAGUGCCCCGUUUGUCACAAGAAAUUUACCAACGCGUUGGUGCUUCAGCAGCACAUACGAUUGCACACCGGCGAGCCAACGGAGCUCAGUCCGGAGCAAAUUCAAGCCGGCGAGGUGAACGAGUUCCCGCCUGGUUAUCCGCACCAUCCGUUGGCGUCGUUCCUUCCUCAAGGCUUUCCACCGAUUCACCCCGCGGGACCUGGAUUCCCGUUAAGCUUUCCUCCAACUCGUCAACAACUGGAGAGACAAGCUCAGGAAAACGACAUCGACGCCAAGGACGAGCCUCAACAGCAGCAUCAUCAACAACAACAGCAUCAGCAUCAGCAUCAGCAUCAGCACCAGCAGCAGCAGCAGCAGCAGCAACAACAACAACAACAGCAGCAGCAACAGCAGCAGCAACAGCAUCAGGCAAGGUACGCGGAGGAGCACAGCGAGGAAGCGGACGACCAGGAGGACGAGGAGGACGAUCGCAGAGAGGAGGACGAGAGAUGCAAUCGCGACGCGAGUCGGGGCGACCUAGAGGACGAGCAGGAUCACGAAAGCGAAGAAAACGACCACAAGGACGUGUCUUUGCCCAGUUUCUCGACUUCGCUGGCCGCUCUCGAGAAUCAGGUGCGAACGAUCACGACGACAGCCGCGUCGACGAUAGGAAACGCAGCCAGGUCGCCGCCGUUUCACCGUUACAACGGCAGCGAGAAGAGCAACAGUCCGCCGAAUCCUGGCGCGCCGUUGGAUUUGACGCCUCGGGCAUCGUCCACUCCGGCCUCGGUGGCGUCAGUGCCAACGCCACCUCCGCAAACCACCACCCACCAUCCGCAUCCGUUCGGCAUGUUCGCAGGCCUGCUGCAAGCGGUCUCAUCGUCGCCGUCUACCAGCAGCAUCGGUUCGUCGAGCAUAAACAGCGUCAGCUCGAUAAACGCCGUGACUCCUGGAAGCGGCGCCGCCGGGCCCUUGGCUUCCCUGACCACGUCAGCCGUGUUGGCUGCUACGUCCACCUACAACCCGCUCGGCCUGGCUGUCGGAGGGCCAGCAGUGCGUGGAAACACCACGUGUAAUAUCUGCUACAAGACAUUUGCGUGCAACUCCGCGCUGGAGAUCCAUUACCGGAGCCACACGAAGGAACGACCUUUCAAAUGCAGCAUAUGCGACAGAGGCUUUUCCACAAAGAACGAUGGUUCCGGGCAGCAAGCAUGCAUCUGUGCGUCUCAACCGUUGCCCGCUAACAGUUCGAUCACUUCACCCGAUCCUCAAUUUGGAUCAGCGUGCGCCAGUAGUCGAGAAAAAGCGAAACGCAGGCGGCGGCGGCGACCUGAGGAUCGGAAGAACCGGGGGCGGAAAGGAGCCGGAGGGGGGCGGGGGCUGACGCCUGUCUAUCCUGCCAUCCGCCUACCCCCGCUGAUGUCGCCCGCCCUCGGACUUCUACCCUCGGCGCACGGCCUCCUGGGGAACAUGAAGCAGCACAUGCUGACUCACAAGAUCCGCGACAUGCCGCCGCAUUUGUUCAGCGACUCGAAGCAGCAACACCAACAGCAAUCUCAGGAGCACGAAACCUCGAGAAGUCCGAUGUGCGCGGAGGAUUCGAGCUUACCGCCGCCGCCGCCACCGCCGCCACCGCCUCCUCCACCGAUGCCUCCGACUUCGAUGGAACAAAGCAUCGCCGUGAAGAGAUCGCCGCCAGAGGGGGAGCUGCCAGCACCAAAGAGACCAGCCAGCGUGCCGAGCAAACACUUGUGCCAGAUUUGCAAUAAGAAUUUCUCCUCAUCUUCGGCGCUGCAGAUCCAUAUGAGAACUCACACAGGCGACAAACCGUUCCGAUGCACCGUCUGCCAGAAGGCCUUCACCACCAAGGGCAAUCUCAAGGUACACAUGGGUACUCAUAUGUGGACCAACGGAGCUUCUCGACGAGGUCGUCGAAUGUCCCUGGAUCUGCCUCCCCUACCCAUCACUCCCAAGGACUCGGAGUUUCUGCAGCGUCGGCCGGAUCUUUUCUAUCCGUAUCUACCCGCGCCAUUCCUUAACGGCGUGCAGCAGAAGCUGAACGAGAUCUCGGUGAUUCAAAGCAACAACGGUCUACCGAGUCACUCCGUGGCCGCUGGCAAAUACGCUGGAUUAUUCGGCUCGGUGUACGCGGCUGGAGCUGGCUUCCCUCUGGACAAGCAACCGAUGGUGGCGGCGAACAGUAACGGACCGCUGCUCGACGGCAAGUCCUCGAUCCCGUCUGGGUCCAUGCUCUUCCAAACGCCAUCGCCCUCCCACUCGCCAGGCACGCCAAGUUCCAACGGAAGCAAUCAGAGCAGCGCGAACGUGUCCUCGUGGACAGGGGACGCUCUUCAGCAUCAUUUCGACAGGGAGCCGCCGACCAGGUCGGAGGGCAACUCGACUCCACCUUCGGCUCGACUUCCGCCGCCCGCGGCGGCCAGGGGUGAAGGACUGGCCACGUGAACCUCCGUCAACGACACAUAUCCUUCUUCCUCGAGGCUUCACGUUUUCGGUGACUGAACUCCGUCCUGGCUGUCAUACAGACAUAGAGACAGAGAGAGAGCGAGAGAGAACGAGAGAGAGAGAGAGAGAGAGAGAGAGGGUGAGAGAGAGAGAGAGGGAGAGAGAGCGCGCGAGCGGGAGAGAACGAGCGGGAGAGAACGAGAAAGAGAGAGAGAGAGAGAGAGAGAGAGAACGAGAGAGGGAGAGAGAAACGAGACGUUUAUAUGGAGCCGGAAGUAGUGUUUCAGUGCAUUUCGCGAGCCGAAGAACUCGGACGUGUCGAACGUCCGACGACAUAUCUUUCUUGAUCCCCAGAGCCAGAGCAGAUACCAUGUUCCUAUUGUCACACUAGUCUUAAACGCGAUCGAGAGGACCUUGGAUGGAGCACGAACUUCGAUAACCGGGUCCCUCUUGAGAACUCUUCCCCGCGUCACGUGCUUUCGCACGAGGGACGACGGACGCGGUGCCUAGACUGAGUCCACGAGGGCCGCAAGACACGUGGCGCCGCGACGUCCUGGCCCUCCACACUCUGACCGUCCAUGCGCGACAGUGGUGGUCACCUCACUUAGAAUUAUCGUACGUUAUUAUUAUAAAAUGCGCCUAUACGGGGUAUAUUGUCCGAUCGAUACCACCUCCGAACGUUGUUGGUUCUCGUACGCGAUGCAACACGGAGGUUAAAACGCGCGUCGUCGUCCAUUUCAAAAUUUCGGUGUCGAUUAGAAUCUCGAGCCGAUCUCUUUUCAGCAUUUGACUUUAUUUCGUAAACGAAAAUAAGAAAAUAAGAGGUACAACCACCGGUUAUACGAGAUAUCCCGUACAGGAAGAUAUAAAUAUAUACAUAAAGAAAGAAGAUGAUAUAUAUAUAUAUAUAUAUACAUAAAUAUAUAUAAAUAUAUAGAUAUAUAAAUAUUGUAUCGGUGCGAAAAGGUACGAGUUGUAUACACGUGCGAGUACAUGCGUCGCUUUCUUUCUCUUUUCUUUUUUUUUCCUUUUCUUUUCUUUUUUCUUUUUCUUCUUCUUUUUUCUUUUUUUUUUUUUCUGUCCUCCAAGAGAACGGCGUUUUUAGGAGUUUCGAAGCGGGCCCGGCAGCGCCCUCGCUGUGAUAUGAGAGGAGCAGCCUGCAAUCGUUUAAACCAAUGUACUUAUACUUUGUAUGAUAGUAUUAUUAUUUACACUGGAUGUACAGCGCGCACCGCCAACGUGUCCCGUCGUUAUUUUAUACGGAAAGACAGCCGACGUCGUUUUGCGUUCCCCCGAUACCCAUCGAUCUCGAGUGUUUUCCUAGGUCCAACACCUCGUUCAACUGCCGUUCGGUCAAACUGCGAUUCUUUCCCGGUCAACGAUGCAUCGUUACGCGUAGAAUCGAUGCUGCGUUAUCAGGCACCUAUGAUCGCACGUGCGUUUAUACGAAAUCCACGAGACUGGUCUUCCUCUUUCUUCUAAUUUCUUCUUAUCGAAGAUAAGUAUCGUUACUACGUUGCAUCGUAAACUAACUUCCGACGAUGAUCUAUCGACGAUCGAAUUUGACAAAGUUACAGAGUAACUUUGGUAAUGUUUAUAUAAAAAUUUGUUUACGCUUUUUAUCUGAUUUGUCAUCGAACGUGAAAGAUCGUAAGUAUUUGAAAAAAGAAAGCAAUGUGAUGCAUCGCAGGAUGGAAAAAGCUAAAUCGGGACAAGCGAUAUUAUUUUCGCACGUGCGUAGGAAGCUCGGAUUCUCCAAGAGUUAUCUGGGAGCGCGCGAACGAUAAUGUCACUUGGUCCGAGCGUGUGUUUGUUGGGAAUCGUGGAAAUGAAAGUGAGAAGCAAGCAAGGGUUGGAAAUGGAUAUUAACGCGAGCUCAGUGGUAACGAAGAGACGCGUAACCUCGUUUAGCAAGGCCGCGUGGCGAAAAAGAACGGCAAUUUGAAGAAAUUAUUUGUCAUCGGUAAUCGUACGUUGGGAAGAAAUCUACCGAAUACGAUGCGAACACGAUGCGAAUACGAGGCGAAUACGAGGCGCGAUCGAUCGCGUUCGUUCGUACUCGAAAAGUAAUACUCUCGUGUAUAAUGGCUUUCCUGUAUGUUCUCGCGUUUAAACGUUAAAUGCGAACAAAGGAUAGAUAAAUAAAUAAAAAUACUAAUAAUAGAUGAGAUACGAUACGCAUGUAAAGAAACGUGUAAAAAGUAACGAUAGCAAUGCUGCAUACGUGUGUCCAUUAAGCACUUUACGUAAUUUAUCUGAUUUUUAACUAGCUUAGGUGUAACUUUUUAAGAACUCGGUCGAUUCGACAACUCUCGUUGCAAAACGAGAGGAUAAUAACAGGAGGCACGGUGUAUCGCGGUGUCUCCACGGUGGCUAUACGUUGAUCAAGAAUUGCGGAGAACGACUAAUUAUUACGAUCGAGGACGUUAGACAGAGAUGCUUGGCGAAUUUCGCACGAAAGUUUCUCGUACGAAGAU